CACUGCGCGGCGAAUGGAAGUCCAUUGGAAGCAUUGGAAGGAAUUUCUGGAAAUUUUGUUUUCCUCCAACAACGUUCGCAAUGGAGAUAAGGAACCACCUGUACUCCCCACUGACGAAUUUUGAGACAUAUCAAAUAAUGAUGCAGCUAAAGACGAAGGAUACGAAGAAAAAGUUUGGAUUGAGGAAUCUGGCCACGAUUUGCUACGAGACUUUGCAGUACCUAGAGGACACACCGUGUAAAUUCCAAACAAAAGAGAAAAUUAUUGAAUUCCGGGACGCAGUAAAAAAGUUCAAUUUGACAAAUUCUGAAUGCUUCAUGAUGGCAAAUGAUCCUCCAACGAGUCCUCUGCAUAUCCAGCUCCUUGUGGAGGACAGUGAAGAACGCUUAACAGAGGAACAAGUGGCAGAACUGCUAAAAAUCGUGGAGACAACGCUGCUGGCGUAACAUUCAUCAUCCAAAGUUGGAACUUCUUCACUGCUUACCACCUUGGUCUUGGUCAUGGCAAUGGAGGAGAGGAGAACACCACAGCGGAAUUGUAAUCCCGUUAUGACCGUCAUUUUUGCCACUAUGUAGUGACAAACCAUCAUUAACGGCCUGGCAUCGUUUAAAGUGAAUCACGUGGAGUACCACCGUUAAAGAUGUAUUCGAUCUGGACGUAUGGAGAAAGGAAAGGUUCUCAGUCUCGAGAACGCGGCCGGAUGCUGUAUUUAGGGGGAGGUGAGUGAGGCGAGCUAUAGCAGCAUGAAAAUGGGAGAUGGAGGUUCUGAGAAGAUAUAAUCUUGACCUUGUCUUCAAUGCCAUGGAGAGGAAAAAAACACACACAGAAGGAAAACUUGAGCGCGUGAUUCCUUUAAUGUCCUGACGUCAUAGCCUUGUACCCCUCAAAUCUCCCAUGAACCUUCACAUCUCAUCCAUUAUCUCUCUUUGAGGGUGUCAAUGGGAAAAUUCUCUCUUGGGAGCCACAUUCGCAUUGUCUCCUCUCACAUUUCUCCAAUAGCAAUGCCACUGUCUUGAAUAACGUCUUCCUCUAACUGUAAGAAGGUUGCUUGAAAGAUUCAGGGAAUUUUUGUACGUAAAAUAGUACUUGUUUUUGUUCAUUUCGAUUUCUUAUCUUUUAGAGAAAAAAAAACUGAUUAUUUUAACGAAAAAGUUUGAUUUGAAUUUUUAUUUCUUAUUGAAUUUUAAAAUUCAGAUUUUGCAUAUUAGACUAUAAAAUUUAAUAUUGAGACACCUAAUCCACUUAAUAAUUAAUCCAGCGAAACCUUGAGGUGAAUCAGAUUUAUAGGCACGUGUUUAGAUUCUUUUAAACUAUAAAAUAAAAAUUUGAGGAAGACUUUUUCAUUUCACAUAAUUUUCUGUUCUAUAUUCUAGAUAUAAAAGAAUUUAAUUUUAUUGAAGGAGUU